AUGUUCGAUAGAAAAAUAUGGGACAGCAUUGGAAAUAAAAAGACGUGUGCGUAUAGAAUGGGAAGUAGAAAGGAUACUCUGUGCAAAAAUAAAUAUAAUUUGACUGGAAUAUGCAGCGAAUUCAGCUGCCCGCUUGCGAAUACAAAAUAUGCUACAAUCAGAUUUGAAAAUGAAAAAGUAUUGUUAUGUGUAAAGGAGCCAGAACGAAGCACUACACCUGUAACAAUGUGGGAGGAGAUUGAGCUCGGAUACGACUACAAGAAAGCACUCGAAACAAUAGAAAAUAAACUGGCGGAUUUUGAUCAAAUUGCAAUUGAUAGGUGCAAGAAUAGACUAACGCAGUGCUUUGAGGCAUUGGAAAGAAUCAUUGAAAUGUCUAAGACACCACAGGAUCAGUUAGUAGCAAGAAAGAAGAGGAUGACGAGACGUGAGAAGGUGCGAGCACUGAAGGCCUUGAAUACAAUCAAUUUUGAGAAAGAAGUGGGAGACGAGCUAAUGGAGCGACUCAAGACUGGUGUAUAUGGAACAGAUCUGCUUGAACAAUUUGAGACAGCAAAUACCAGGGCAAAGAAUUACAGAUCUAAGAGAUUCGUAACUGAAGCAGAAGAGAGUGAUACGAAGACCAAGAAGAAAAAGAAAGGCAAAAAGAAGGAGACAAUUGAGUGGUAG